AUGGCCCCCAAGACUCUGACCGGCCUAAUGGCCCUCUCGGCCCUCUCCUCCGCCGCCGUGCCCAACCAGCGCCGCGCACAAACAACCCAAGCCCUCCUCCUCCCCGUCGAGGCCCCCGAGGACCAAACCCUCUGGGCCAGUGUCAUCACCGCCGACGCCUCGUCGACAGAGUACCUCGUCGCCUGCCAGACAGCCUCUGCCACCCCUGACGCCUGUGACGGGCCCUACACGGGCGUCACACUCACGCAGGGACCCCAGACGAUGGACGUGAGCAUGGGCGGCAGGACGUAUGCCUGUGAUAUUCGUGAGCAGGACGCCCUCUGCGAGAUCACCCAGCAAGACGACGAGGAAGAUACCAUGGAGACAGAGACCAUUGCCAGACACCAGUGGGCUACUGUGGCCGUCGCCGUGGCAGAGCCUACGGAGAUUCCCUACCUCGAGAUGCGCACGCCCAAGGGGGGUGGUAGGGGAGGCAGCAGCAGCAGCAGCAGCCGGAAGGGCUCGGGCUCGGGCUCGGGCUCGGGCUCGUGGAGGAAGGGCGGCUCCACAGGCAAUACCGGCGACGAGGAAUGCGACAGCGACGACAGUGACGACAGUGACGACGAGCAGUGUAAGAAGAAAAACAAGGACAAUGCGGGUGCCAAGGUCAAGCGCGCCGGCGUGGGCGUUGCCGUGGCGGCCAUGGGGUUCGCGGCGUUGAUGUAG